AUGGAAUCGCCCAACAACACGAGCGGAAAAGGGCCCCAAAACGUCCAGCGAAUUGACCACGUCGCAUACGUUUUCUACAAGGAAAAUAUCCCGUCGGUGAUUGAAACUUUGAGCAAUGCAUUCGGGAUUACCGACUGGGAUGGACCCGCCGAAAUGGAAGCCUUUGGCAUUCUCCAAGCCCAGUCGGUAAGCGCAGGAAUCGAAGUCCUGGCGCCCCUUGAUCCUUCCGACGGUUCGCAGUUUUCUCAACACCUGCGAGAAAAGGGAGAAGGAUUUUUUGCACUCAUUUUCGGGGUUGCAGACCUGCGCAGAUCUGCUGAAGCGGCGACGAAGAAGGGCAUCCAGUUCAAAAGGGGGCCGGACGGGGAGUGGCUGUUAAUUGAUAGUAUGAAGAACAAGCAUGGAGGGCCUGCGCAUGCUUCGUGGGCCAACAAGUUGCACCGCUACCAUGAGUACUGGCUUGAGCCAUUGUUUGGGCAGAAUUUUUUUCUAUCGCAAAUCGAGCUGAAGGAAUAG